AUGGCUGCCGAUCCGCCAACAUCUACGCUGGAGUAUAAGCCACGGUAUAUUGAUAUCGGCAUCAACCUAGCAGACCCAAUAUUCAGGGGUCAGUAUCAUGGUACCCAACGACACCCGGACGACCUAAGCGCCGUCGUCUCAAGAGCCCGUGAAGUCGGCUGCCACAAACUGAUCAUCACCGGCUCCGAUUUCACCAGUUCGCGGCACGCUCUCGAGAUAGCUAGAGAAUACCCCGGCACCGUAUACACAACCGUCGGCAUACACCCCUGCUCCAGCGCCAUAUUCAGCACCACCCACUCGCACGUAGACACCAACGGCCACACCAUGCCCUGCGACACGGACCCCUCGCAGCCCGUCUCCGAAGACCACGAGCCGGACCUAGCCCGCACCACAUCCAUCAUCUCCGAGCUGCGGGCCCUCAUCGACGAAGCGCGGAGCAGCAGCAGCAGCAGCAGCACAAGGCCCAGCCCACUCGUCGCCUUCGGCGAGAUCGGGCUCGACUACGACCGUCUGCACUACUGCUCGCGCAAGAUCCAGCUGCACUCCUUCGCCGCGCAGCUGGACCUCGCCGCCUCGCUUCGACCCCAGCUCCCGCUGUUCCUGCACUCGCGCGCCGCGCACGCGGACUUCGUGCAGCUCCUCAAAGACAAGUUCGGGCCGAAGCUCGAGCGGCUCGAGCGCGGGGCCGUGGUCCACAGCUUCACGGGGACGGCAGAGGAGAUGCGGGAGUUGAUGGACUUGGGGUUGUACAUCGGGACGAACGGGUGCAGCUUCAAGACGGCGGAGAACUGCGCCGUGGUGAAGGAGAUUCAUCUCGAUCGGUUGAUGUUGGAGACGGAUGGUCCGUGGUGCGAGGUCCGGCCUAGUCAUGAGGGGUGGAAGUAUUUGAUAGAGCCCCCGAAGCCGGUGGAAGCGGCGGGGACAGAUGCAAAUGCGAAGGCGGAUGCGAAAGAAGGGGAAGUUGGUGCUAAUGGCAUCCCGACGGAACCAGCGAAGCAACAACCCCCUAAACCCAAACAACAGUCCAAGAAGCCGCCGAAGAAGAAGGAACCGGAGGUACCGGAGCGCUGGAAGGUAGUCAAGAAAGAGAAGUGGGUAGAGGGCGCGAUGGUCAAGGGUCGCAACGAACCAUGCAUGAUCGAGCGGAUGGGGAAGAUCGUCGCCGGCAUCAAGGGUGUCACCGUGGAAGAGGUUUGCGAGGCUGCUUGGCGGAAUACGACGAAAGUGUUUCCAGUAGACGAAUAG